GUGGCGCUGCGGCGCAUGCGCACGGCGGGGCGGGGGCCUCGGCGCUGUCGCCGCGGUCAGUGAAGUUUCUUGGGAGGAAGAAGGGGGCGGGAGGAGAAAGCGCCGAGCCGGGCCGGGAGGGGAGCGCGGCAGCAGGCGGCGAGUCCCCGCACGGCCCGGCUCUCCUCACGGAAGCUCCUGGACUGCACUGGACUCCAUGUGAUGUUGAGGGUCAGCAAUGCCUUAUGUGGAUCGCCAGAAUCGCAUCUGUGGUUUCCUAGAUAUUGAAGAAAAUGAGAACAGUGGCAAGUUCCUGCGGCGGUACUUCAUCCUGGACACCAGGGAGGACAGCCUGGUGUGGUACAUGGAUAACCCACAGAAUCUUCCUUCUGGAUCUCCACCUGUUGGAGUCAUCAAACUUACCUAUAUUUCAAAGGUUAGCGAUGCAACUAAGCUAAGGCCAAAGGCAGAGUUCUGUUUUGUUAUGAAUGCAGGGAUGAGAAAAUACUUUCUACAAGCCAAUGAUCAGCAAGACCUGGUUGAAUGGGUAAAUGUUCUGAACAAAGCUACCAAAAUCACAGUACCAAAGCAGUCUGAUCCUCUGUGUCAAGUGGAUAAUGCAAACCGUCAAGCAGAAAGCCCUGGUGGGAAGAAGCAAGUCUCUUACAAGACAGAGAUUGUUGGUGGUGUUCCUAUCAUUACCCCUACCCAGAAAGAAGAAACCAGUGAGUGUAGUGAAGGGGGAGACAGGAAUUACUUGAAACGGUCACAAAGUCACCUUCCCUAUUUCACUGCCAAGCACCCCCCAGAUAAUGCUAUUAUCAAAGCUGGCUACUGUGUAAAACAAGGAGCAGUGAUGAAGAACUGGAAGAGAAGGUAUUUUCAGUUAGAUGAAAACACAAUAGGAUAUUUCAAGUCUGAGCUGGAAAAGGAACCUCUCAGAGUUAUACCACUUAAGGAGGUCCACAAAGUUCAGGAAUGCAAACAAAGUGAUAUAAUGAUGAGAGACAAUCUCUUUGAAAUUGUAACAACUUCUCGAACCUUUUAUGUGCAGGCGGACAGCCCGGAGGACAUGCACAGCUGGAUCAAAGCCAUUUCUGGGGCCAUCGUAGCGCAGAGGGGACCGGGAAGAUCGGCAGCUUCCGUUACUCUAAUCUUAGCUUUGCACUGUGUUCCAGAUGCGGCAGGCCAGAAGGCUGUCGAAUCCUUGUAUACAGAGGAGCAUACCGAGUCUGCUGCCGAACCCAACCAUGCUCUCCGUUCUGCCCUCCCAGCCCCAGCCGCCGCACAUUCCGCAGCCGCUCACGGCAGCCCUCUGGUCCCAAACCCUCACACCAAGCACCCUGCCCUGGAGAAGCGAGGAUUUCACCAAUCUUUUACCAAGGCCAAGCCAGGGAGCUACAAGAUCCAGGCUGUCGCUCCAAGAGAAUCAGCUUCCAAAGUGACUGAGCGGGGCCUCGCUGAACCCCAAAGCAAAAAUGGCACUCAGGAACAGGAUCCUGGCCUGGUGGAUCUGGAUGAUGCAAGCCUUCCAGUCAGCGAUGUGUAGUGAUGGAAGGGUUUGGAGAAUGAUCCAUUGGUUCAGUCCUCUGAUUUCCUUGUUGGGACUUUUAACCAAAGAAAAUGGUAGGGAAGGAGAGCAAAGAGCCGGAACACUGCUGUCCCGACGCGCGCGCGAGUGUGUGUGUGCUGCUGUGCACACCUCUGUGUGUAUCCUGUGUUUGUAUAUUGCCUUGCAGCUGAGGGUCAGAAAAGGGCCUUGGGGGUGUUCUCAAAGCCUGACAGUAAGUCACUUACUAGGGAGGGGCCACACUGCACAGUUUAGAAGGAAAAACAAAUUAAAGCAAAGGACUAAACAACAACAUAAAGUACUUCUGCGAGUAAGCAAGGUACCAGCAGCUUCUUAUUCCUAAUCUGGCAAGCUGACUAAAUUCACAACUAAUGCUGUAUUGUGGAGAACUUCCUGCCAGCAAAUGUGAUCACUUAUUUCAUUUGGAGCUACAGUAAAACUGGAGGCACGGGCGAGAAUUGUUUCUCCCUGUGACUUUCAGGUGCCAGGAAAUGCACAAAACCUUCCUCCUGUUCUCGAGGAUCAACCCAUUUGUUGUCAGAACAGGAAUUCUGAAAGCCCUUGGCAUUCUAGCUGUGGUGCUGUACAAUUUCCACUAAAAUAGGAUUUGGGAUAGUCAGCCUGUUUUUUUGAUGCACUCCUCAAGGUGGGUUCUAACCUCUUUGCACAUUUGGAUCUUAAUGGGCUGCAUGUGAGGGCGUUUGGGAGGGGGGAGAAGGGAAUCUGGACUUGAGAGUUUGGACACUUUAGAUCUUUGGAACCCAGUAAGGUUUCUAUUGUGUUCCAUUAGGCUUUGCAGCAAUUUCUUUUUUCCCUAACUGUCUAGAUGUCUGCUUGGGUGUGUGUUUUGAGAGAGGGUUUCCUUACCAGUGCUGUGUGAGCAGUUCUUGUUUCUGGGCGUGAGCAGAGGCAAGGCCUCUUGGCUGAGUUCUGUCCUUGCUGGUACUGAGCUGCUCACAGUCAUGCAGUCGUGGCCUAUGCCUUUUUUGUGCACUAAUAAUCUGAAGUGCCUGUGUUCUUUCUCACGUUGUGGAAACACUUUGGGGUCAGGUAUGUACACAAACCAUUCCUGGUGGAUUUGAGGCCUUGGCUUGGAGUCGUUCUGAGUAGCUUAGGUCGACACAACCAUUCAAAGCGGAAAACUUGGGCAGGGGAUAGCGGUGGUCUGGUGUUGCACCUCCCAGCUGUGCAGCAUUUGUCUCUGAACGAUGGGUCUUUGUCUGUGCACGCUGUGUGGGGGCUUCAGUGAUGCCAAUGGAAAGAGCCUUCACAUUUCAAGUGUUGGCUCAGCUCCAGCCUCUCCUGUCUCAUUGGUUCUGAAAAACGUUUGCUUCAAUCAAACCCCCACAAAUCUCUCAUGCUGCUGCUUACUGUGAUCCAGAUUGUCCAGCUCUGUGAUACUUACUUGUCUGCUGGCACCUGAGAUACAGAUCACACAAGUCCAUCUUCUCUCCAGCUUCCAAACUGACUUCCAGCUUGAGAGAUAGGGAUGGCUUGCCCAGGGUCAUUUGGCGACCCAAGGAUGGG